CUCCCUCUCUCUCGCACACACACGCUCGCACGCACGGCCACGAGCGCGCGCCGCACACGGCGAGCCUGUGGCUAGAGCUCGCGCCACUACCUACCUGCCGCAAGCGGCUGCCCCAGCCCUCGCGGUCCUGCUCUCUGAUUGGACCCACCAGCCAGGGGGAGGCGGGGAGAAGUUGAUUAAGAAAAAACGGGAGGCGGUUUUUUUUCUCCUCAUACCUCACACCCCCCCGGCCCCCCCCUCCUUCUCUACCCCUAGACCGUAGGUUGAGAGAGUCCGCAGUAUAAAACCUUCAGGGGUUAUUAGGGACUGGAGCAUCCUCGCAGGUUUGUCCUCGGGGGCGCAGAGCUCGAUCUAGCUGGUAAAUACAGUUGAGAAUCCAAGUGGGAGAAGAGCAGAGCGAGAGAGCAGCUUCUUGCUCGGGCGAGUGUGACGCUGCCCGGAGAUGCGGUGAAGAGGAACUAGCGGUGACACUGGUUAUAUAAACCGAAGAGAAGAAGGAUUGCUGCUUCUUCUUUUUUUUUUUUUGCGGGAAGGUGGACGAAAAAGGCAACGCAUUAGCCGCAGUUUCCCGAAUAUUACAAUGGGAUGUUACCCUGACGUUUAGCGAAUUCAAGGAGCACGCCCGCAGCAGGUAAACACUGAAAGCAAUGGCUUCACGGAGCCUUAUGCAGGUUCCCAGGCUUCAUUCUCUCCUCUUGGUCCCCAGUGCUUCGGGCUUCCUGAUGAGUACAGUUUCCCAUGGCCUGUAUCCACGAGACCCGAGCCCCCUCCCCCUCUCUCUCGGGCUUCAGCACGCCCAUAUCGGAGCCCCCAUUCCGCCGGCUGGACCCCGACACCCCAGCCUGCACCCCCGAGAUGGACCUGACCCCCACGCAGUGUGUGCUGCGCAACGUGCUGUCUGUGGACACGGGUGCGGGAGGGGGCGGCGGCCCCAGUGGCUGCAGGCAGAGCCCCACGCCCAGCGACGAGCCCCCCGAGCACUUCGCCAACUGCAUGCUCAAGCUGCAUGAGAACGAGGCAGGGGGCGGGGCAGAGGCGGGACAGAGUGCAGAGGGCGGGGCUGUCAGGAGCCAAUCAGACGACGUGAGACUUCAGUGCCAGUCAGGGGGCGGGUUCCUGGAGGGCCUGUUUGGCUGUCUGAAGCCAGUGUGGACCAUGAUUGGCAAGGCGUACUCCACUGAGCACAAGCAGAGCCAGGAAGACCUGUGGGAGGUGCCCUUCGAGGAGAUCUCAGACCUGCAGUGGGUGGGCAGCGGUGCCCAGGGGGCAGUCUUCCUGGGCAAGUUCCACGGGGAGGAGGUGGCCGUCAAGAAAGUGCGGGACAUCAAGGAGACCGACAUCAAACACCUGCGCAAGCUCAAGCACCCCAACAUCAUCACCUUCAAGGGUGUGUGCACCCAGGCGCCCUGCUACUGCAUCAUCAUGGAGUACUGCGCCCAGGGCCAGCUGUAUGAGGUGCUGCGUGCCGGAAGAAAGAUCACCCCCUCCCUGCUGGUGGACUGGUCCAUGGGCAUCGCGGGGGGCAUGAACUACCUGCACCUGCACAAGAUCAUUCACCGGGACCUCAAGUCGCCCAACAUGCUGAUCACCUACGACGAUCUGGUGAAGAUCUCCGACUUUGGCACCUCCAAGGAGCUCAGUGACAAGAGCACCAAGAUGUCCUUCGCUGGCACCGUGGCCUGGAUGGCGCCGGAGGUGAUCCGCAAUGAGCCCGUCUCGGAGAAAGUGGACAUCUGGUCGUUCGGCGUGGUGCUGUGGGAGAUGCUGACGGGGGAGAUCCCGUACAAGGACGUGGACUCCUCGGCCAUCAUCUGGGGAGUGGGCAACAACAGCCUGCAGCUGCCCGUGCCCGAGAGCUGCCCCGACGGCUUCAAGAUCCUGCUGCGCCAGUGCUGGAACUGCAAGCCCAGGAACAGGCCCUCCUUCCGGCAGAUCCUCCUGCACCUGGACAUCGCCUCGGCCGACGUGCUGUCCACCCCGCAGGAGACCUAUUUCAAAUCCCAGGCGGAGUGGCGCGAGGAGGUGAAGCAGCACUUCGAGAAGAUCAAGUCGGAGGGCACGUGCCUGCACAGGCUGGACGAGGAGCUCAUCAACCGGCGCCGGGAGGAGCUGAGGCAUGCCCUGGACAUCCGAGAACACUACGAGAGGAAACUGGAGAGGGCCAACAACCUGUACAUGGAGCUCAACGCCGUCAUGCUGCAGCUGGAGCUCAAAGAGAAAGAGCUGCUCAGAAGAGAACAAAACCUGGACAAGAAGUACCCAGGGCUCUUCAAGCACCACAGCUCGCGCCAGGGAGGGCCCUCCAACUCCAUGGAGAAGCUCAUCAAGAAGCGCAACGUCCCGCAGAAGCUGCCCUCCCACAGCAAGCGGCCAGACAUCCUUAAGUCGGAGGUGAUUCUGCCCAAGCUGGACUCUUCCAUGACCCAGGUCACCAUCCCUGCCUGUCCCAACAAGGGCUCCACAUCGCCGGGUCGGUCCCGGAGAGGAAAGACCCGCUACCGCAAGGCAGGGGGAAAGGGCAGCAGUGGAGAUCUGGCAGGGCUGAAGGCUGCCCUCUCCCCGGCUUGUCGGGACCCGGCCGCACUGCCCACAAAGCACCUGGACCCUAGUGCCGCCCUGCGCGGGCUGCAGCACGACCUCCUUCUUAAAAAGAUGUCCUCCUCUAGCCCAGACCUCAUCUCCACGACCUUGGAAGCCGAGGAACGCAACAGGGGAGAGCCUGGCUUGGACGGGGGCAGUCUCAGUGCUUCCGCGGGGCUGGAGGGGGCCGUGGCGGCCGAACCCGGGGGCGGAGCCGACGACCUCACGGAAACCCCGCCCCGCAGCGACACGCCCAGCGAAGACGCCGCCUCCAUCCCGUUCUCCAGCAGCCCCGAUUCGCCCUGCGGCAGGGGGGGCGCCACGGGGCGGAGCUCAGUGCUGGGCCAGCCCCGCCUCCCACAGGAGGGGGAGGAGAAAGAGGAGGGGGCUGGAGUGAGCCGAGCUCCAAGGGGAGCAGCCGGGGGCAGCGGCCAGCAGCACCUAACUCCUGCAGCUAUUCUCUACAGGGCAGCCGUUACCCGUAAACAGAAAAGGGGUGUGUCUUCAGAGGAGGAGGAGGGGGAGGUGGACAGUGAAGUGGAGUUGCCACGGAGACAGAGGCGGCCGGCAGGCAUGACGAAGUGCCAGUCCCUGUCCACCUUCAGCUCGGAGAACCUCUCGGUGUCGGACGGCGAGGAAGGCAACACCAGCGACCACUCGCACAGCGGGACCCCGGACGUGGUCAGCACCAACACGGACGAGCGGCUGGACGACAAGUCGGACGACCUGCUGUCCCAGAGCUCCGAGAUCCCGGUGGACGUGCUGCAGCAGUCGGACGGGCUCUCGGAGAAGGAGGCCGCGGUGCGCGAGGUCAAGACCCAGCUCAACGCCGAGCAGAGCGCCUACGAGAACCCAUCCCUCUACGACGACUCGGACUGUGACAGCGCCGAGCUGGACCACUCGGGCAGCGCGGAGGCCAGCCGUCCCUCCAACACUGUCACCUGGUGAAGACCCCAAGGACCCCUUUCCCACCAGGCAUCUGUAUAUAUCCCCCCGGCCCCUGUGGGGGCCAGUCUCACCCCAUUACCAACCCCCACAGUCCCUGGCCAGCACCCCCCUCCACUCCUGGGGAACAGGGGGGCUUCUUUUCAUCCUUAAAUUUUACAUUUUUAAAAAAUA